CACCGGGGUCUCGGUGAGGCUCCGUGCACAGCAAAAGCAAAUUAAAAUAGGAACAGAACUAUGCAAUGGGUUGGGAGCGAAUACAUGGAGUCGUCGGGACAGUCUGACUAACUGGCGGGAGAGUUUAGACUCAGGGCGUAUUCCUUAUGUGUAUUAGCGGGGGCAACCCCUUUAUCGAAGGCUGCAAUUGACGGCGGCGCUCAUACGCCACGAGCUCUUUCCCGCCCCUCUUCCUGCCCUCCUAAGGGUCGAUUGAAAAUUUAAGGGCUUUGCCUUUCUUGGCUGGGAGAUCCAACAUAAUUUUAGUUAACAGUUUUUAAAAUGGUGGAAAUAUCGUCAUCGGCCGAUGAACGGGGGAGUCCUGGGAAGGAGCAGCAAGCCGCCGGCGUCGGCAUACUUUUGCAGAUCAUGAUGCUUGUUCUCUCUUUCGUCCUCGGUCAUGUCCUCCGCCGUCACAAGUUCUAUUAUCUACCUGAAGCCAGUGCUUCUCUUUUGAUUGGUUUGAUCGUCGGUGGACUAGCUAACAUCUCAAACACUGAAACUAGCAUCAGGGCCUGGUUCAACUUUCAUGAGGAAUUUUUCUUCCUCUUCCUGUUACCUCCAAUUAUAUUUCAGUCGGGAUUCAGUCUCCAACCUAAACCGUUCUUCUCAAAUUUUGGAGCCAUUGUGACAUUUGCAAUCCUUGGGACAUUUAUAGCUUCAAUUGUUACAGGUGUUCUAGUUUACUUGGGUGGCGUGGUCUACCUCAUGUACAAACUUCCAUUUGUUGAAUGUCUGAUGUUUGGUGCUCUUAUAUCAGCGACUGAUCCUGUCACUGUCUUGUCCAUAUUUCAGGAACUUGGCACAGAUGUCAACCUAUAUGCCUUGGUUUUUGGGGAAUCUGUUUUGAAUGAUGCAAUGGCAAUUUCGUUGUACAGGACAAUGUCACUGGUAAAAAGUCAUGAAUCUGGACAAAACUUCUUCAUGGUGAUUGUCGGGUUCCUUGAAACCUUCGUUGGUUCAUUGUCUGCAGGUGUUGGAGUGGGAUUUACAUCAGCUCUACUUUUUAAGUAUGCAGGGCUGGAUAUUGAUAAUCUUCAGAACUUGGAGUGCUGUCUUUUUGUUCUUUUUCCAUAUUUUUCCUACAUGCUUGCAGAAGGUCUUGGUCUCUCUGGCAUCGUAUCAAUACUGUUUACAGGAAUUGUGAUGAAACAUUAUUCAUUUUCAAAUUUGUCAGAAGAUUCACAACGAUUUGUAUCAGCAUUCUUUCAUCUGAUAUCAUCGUUAGCAGAGACAUUUGUGUUUAUAUAUAUGGGCUUUGACAUUGCCAUGGAACAACACAGCUGGUCCCAUGUUGGAUUCAUUUUUUUCUCAAUUUUAUUUAUCGGGGUAGCAAGGGCAGCGAAUGUAUUCUCUUGUGCAUAUUUGCUCAAUUUGGUACGACCUACUCAUCAGCAGAUACCCUUAAAGCAUCAGAAAGCUCUUUGGUAUAGUGGACUUCGAGGGGCUAUGGCUUUUGCUCUUGCUCUACAAUCAGUUCAUGAUCUUCCAAAUGGACAUGGCCAGACUAUAUUCACAGCAACUACAGCAAUUGUUGUUCUUACGGUGUUACUUAUUGGAGGUUCAACAGGUACAAUGCUUGAAGCUUUACAAGUUGUGGGUGAUAGCCAUGAUGGUCCCUUGGGUGAAAGCUUUGAAGACCAAAAUGGCUAUGUUGCUCCUUCAUAUGGUGGGGAAACAUCAUCAGGGAACAAGAUCAAGAUGAAACUCAGAGAGUUCCAUAAGAGUGCGGCAUCCUUCACUGCUUUAGAUAGGAACUACCUCACCCCUUUCUUUACUAGUCAAAAUGGAGAUGAUGAUGAUGAUGAAGGGUGAGGUAAGAUGACAUGGAUCUUCCAAAAUGUUCUGUACAACAAAUUUAUCACUAAUGUCUUUAUCUUGACUUGCCUUGGGGGAUCUGUUUUAAGGAUUCCUGUAUGUCUGACUAGCUGCAGACUAAGAUCUGAAAGCUGCCUGUAGUUCAGUUUUUUGCGGUACCACAUUAAAAAUAUCUCCUUGUUUUAUGUUUUUAUAUUAGCAAAAUGAGUAGGGAUUUUUUCUUUUUUAUCAUUUGCGUAACAUUUAGAAAUCAUGCCACUUCUAGUUUAAAGUUAGAUUGCUUCCUUGCUCUGAUUAGUUUCGAAGGACAGUGGCGUUGGAAAAAAGAAAAAAGAAAAAAUGGGUACUGGACGUAAUUUCAUCAAAAGAAAGAUGCCCAAGAGAGGGGCAUGCUCUUUUAUGGAAUCUCUUGUAGAUUUAUUUUAUAUAUAUAUGUAUCAAGGAUGUAAUUACUUGUCUGUUUCCAUGCUGGAAGUUUACAUUACUGAUUGAUAUUCUUGGCAAAUGAAUCACUGCCCAAAUCUGAAAGGGGAGCAUGACAACAGAUAUCAUUCUGACCAUUCACUUAAAAACCUAUACGAUGAUGCAGGAUGACGUUGAUUUCCAUAAAGUUUGCAAGAUUUUGUUUGUAACUUAGCUGGAGUAAACCGGCAGAGCCUGCUAAACGUUGGCACCUUUGUUCAUUCCCACUUUCAAAGGAUACAGUUUGUGAUUGGCAUACAGUGGAGGAGGUAUUUAAUGUAGUUGGGCAUCUGUGUCAAAUGUAACAACCAGAUUGAUUAUUGCAACCAUAUCAUUGAAUAGGAUUUGUAAAUGGAUUGAACCACAUCUAGCAGUUACUGCUUAUACUUGCUAUUAUUUCUGGUUCACUUGAUUACUUGACUGUUAAAUUGUUUAUUCUCUGGAGACAACUGAUCAAUCAAGCUGAGUUUAACUGAA